UUUAAUUUGUACCUCUUUUUAAUAUAUUUAUCAUAAGUAUCUCGGUAGGUACCUCGAUAUUGUACAUUUUGUUAAAUGUAUCCCUUUUAAUUUAAUUCAUACACAUUAAUCAAAUUCACUUUAAAUAAAUAACAAGUAAUAACAUUAGGAAUAAUGGCUGAAUUAGAAAUCGCAGACACGACCAGAUUAUCGAGACCAAGUCUUGCACAAGUUAAGGCUGUCAUACAGUUUAUUCAAAAACAUCCAGAUUUAGUGCAUAAAGGGAGGCAUGGUGUAAAUCAUGAAAAAAUGCAGAAGCUGUGGAUAGAACUCUCUAAUAUUGUCAAUUCAAUUAAAGGAACUGUUAAGUCAACUAAAGGUUGGAUAAAGUUCUGGUCAGAUAAACGAAGGAAUGUCAUUAUGAAACAAAAACAGAUAAGCUCAGGCAAAAUUGUGGGAAAAUUAACUUCCUUAGAGCAGAAGAUUUUAGAUAUAGCUAAAUCACGGAAAAAGAAAUCUCAUGCACCACAACUAUGUAAUGGGGAUGACAAUUCGGUUGAAAACAUUCCCCUUGAAGAUGACAAUGAUCUUGAUUUGCAAAUAGAUAGUGAUAGAAUGCCAACCGAAUCAGAUGAGCGACAUUUGAACACUAUGGAGAAAAUGAUUGAAGCAAUGAAUCAGCAGGCCACAGCCCUAGCUAAGAUGGCACAGGCCACAGUAAUUAAAUCAAAAGCUAUGGAGAGGAUGGCUGAAGCGUCACAUAAACAAGCUCUAGCUGUUGACCGGUUAGCUGGGACGUUCGAAACGAUAGGUACCUCUGUAUAUGAUGUAAGAAAUGCCGUGAUAAGUAUGGACUAUACUAUAAAGAAAUGCUUCACAACCAAUUCGACGCAACACAGACAAAAUAAUCUAUUUAGUUAAUAAUUUAAUGUAUCUAUAGCAUUUAAUUUUAUAAGAGGACUGCUAAUACAUUGAUUU